AUGCACAACCUUGCGACCCUCCGGGCCGGGGGCUACUGUGACGCUGGCCUCACCAAGCUAAAGCUCACGGAGCCACUCGAUUCGUUUCCACCUGAGAUCUUCGACGCCAGCCUUGCUGCCACGCUUGAGAUCCUAGACCUCUCUGGAACGGGCCUGUCGGCGCUCCCCGACGACCUGGGCGCACGCCUACCACGCCUGCGCAUCGCUUUUUUCAGCGGCUGCAAGUUCAAACGUUUCCCAAGCGCAUUGGCUGGUUGCCCGCGCCUCGAGAUGGUCGCCUUCCGCAAGAACGACAUGGAAGGCUUUGAGGGCGAUGCCCUGGACGAUGUGGCCCUGCCGCCCCAACUGCGGUGGCUCAUCUUGACCGACAACAGCUUAACGCACAUCCCAUCCAGCAUUGGCCGUUGUGCACGCCUAGAAAAGUGCAUGCUGGCAGGCAACUGUCUGACAGGCCUGCCCGACGCCAUGGCCAACUGCCGCAACCUCACAUUGCUCCGACUGGCCGCCAACAAGCUGACAGCGCUGCCAAUGUGGCUCCUCACAAUGCCCAGGCUGGCGUUCUUGUCGUUCGCGGGUAAUCCGUGCUCAGCCAGCUCACCGACGAAGACCAAUGCUGCCGCGGCGCGCUCUUCGUCGACGGCGUCUUCCCUUCCUCACGUGGACUGGAACCAGAUCGAAAUCCACCAUGUUUUGGGUGAGGGUGCGAGCGGCAUUAUCUCCAAGGGUACCAUUCGGAGUAAUGAAGGCAACGCCAGCGGUAACUACAGCCGUGGGCCCAGCAGCACACUAAACAGCCGGGGGCCAUCUGGCUUCAACACUCCGUCGUUGUCUGGAACGUCAACGCCUGCCCUGUCGGUCUCGGGAGCUUCUGUCUUCUCAACGUCUUCGUCUCUUUCGGCUCUGUCGGCUGUGUCUGCUGUGUCUUCAACGUCCACUCCGACCUCCACGCGACACUCUCUGCCGCUGUCGCCUUCGACCCCAGUUGCUGUCAAGAUCUUCCGCGGUGCGCUCACGAGCGACGGCACUCCCUACGACGAGAUGGCCGCGUGUCUGGCGGCUGGCCAGCACGUCAACUUGGUGCAGGUACACGGGCAGAUCCGUUGGGUCGAGGACGCGGACGAAGCGGCAAACGAGGGAGCAAGCACUAGUAGUGCGCCGCCAGCAUUCCGUGGCGGUCUCAUCAUGGAGCUCAUUCCGCCACAAUACCGCGUGUUGGGCCAGCCACCAUCGUUUGACUCGUGCACGCGGGACUGCUUCGACAGUGAUGACGCAACCGGCAGCAAGCAGCUACCCGUGUCAGCUGCCCUGGCCAUUCUUUCGGGCGUGGCGUCUGCGGUGGCGCACUUGCACGCUCGCGGCAUCGCACAUGGUGACCUGUACGCACACAACAUCCUGGUGGCGCGGGGCGGCUCUGGCAAUGGCAAGGAAGACAAGGACACUACUCAUGCCAUCCUCAGCGAUUUUGGCGCCGCGACGCUCUAUGGAAGUGGCAGUAGCCAGGGUGAGAGCGAAGCCAAUGACCUUGCCAGCCUGGAGAAACUCGAGGUGCUGGCGUUUGCACACCUUGUCGAGGAUGUACUGGGCCUGAUGAGUGAAGACGGUUCGUCGUCAGUGCGGCACGGGCUCCUCCGACUGCACGCACAGUGCGUUGUCCCGGCCGUUGCAGACCGGCCCGUCUUUUCGACACUUGUCGAGGAGCUUGCCGCUGUCCAGACAGGGGCAUAG